AAUUAAUUAGUUUUGCAAAAUAGAACUCAAAACAUGAAUAUAUAUAUUUAUUAUUAUUAAUAAUCGGCAAAAGUAACAGUGACUCGAAACCGCGUUACGUGAAUUGUGACUUCUCAAUCAGGUAAUUAAUUUAUAAAACGUCCUUCCUAAUUAAUUACAUGGUUUCAAGCUCAGAUCCUACUGUGUGACAAUUUGGACAGAUUUCCACGAUAGCCCGAGGGCCGACCAGUCUUGGGAGUUGAUUUGGUAGGCGAAAAGUGAAAGUAGCCCGUCAUACAAACACACAUGUUUGUGUUUUUUUUUACCCUACCACUGCUGGUUUGUUUACGUUCCCGUAGUUUAGCGUUUCAGCGAAGCAUAGCGUUAGAAUAAGAACCAGGCUUUUAAAACUCAUCAAAGAAGUACCGUGCAUGGCCACACUCAACUGAAAUAAACAAGAUAAGACUAAUUUAAAUGCUUGAUUGAUUUCAGUUAACUCCCUUACAUCGCCGACCGCCGCCGCCGCCGAUUUAACUUCCGUUAUGCUGUUAAAUAAGGCGCCAACUGGUUUGCAACCUGGAUAGAAACUCUCGCUGUUUGAAUUAUACUGUUAUCGUUAAUAUGUGUUUAUGAAGAGAAAAAAAAAAUUAUGAUAUCAAUAUAAAUUAUUUUUUAUUAUUGUGAGCGUGUAGCUGUGAUCAACUGUGUAUCUCUGUUCGAUUAUUUUUGCAUCAACGAUUCGGCUACCCACGCAUUUCGUACACAUACGUAUACAUGUUCAGUCAGACGCACACAGAUAUACCAUACUAAAGUCAUCGCAGUUGCUUGUUCGGUCUCUUUCGUCUGUAACCGCUCCGAUCGUGUUGAUCGAUAAUUGUUGACUUUUUUUGCUGAUGUUGUGUAUGUAUAUUUUUACUAGUAGUACAUUAUGAAUUAAUUCUUACAACAUAUUGGAAACUAUACAUCGAAGGAAUUCUACGCCGGACUUAUUCUACCACCACUGCCGCUAUCACUACUAUUGAUAAAUAUACAGCGAAACUAAUUCCAACCCGUUACAUAACUGUAUACCGAAGCGCACCAGUCUUUAUUCACCAACGAGGACAGAGAUGACAGAGGAACCAAUAGCAAAUGGAGGAGAUGAACAGACGGAUUCCACGUGUGAUAAAGUGUGCAUUCUUGAUGCGGGCGCCCAAUAUUGCAAGGUCAUAGACAGGAAGAUUCGAGAAUUGAUGGUGAAAGCGGAUAUUUUACCUCUAAACACACCAGCACGUAAAAUUAAGGAAUUAGGUUACCGAGCUAUCGUUAUAUCGGGUGGACCGAGCUCUGUUUAUGCCGAUGAUGCCCCGGACUACGAUACCGAAAUCUUUUAUUGCGGUCUUCCGCUGUUGGGAAUUUGUUAUGGGAUGCAGAUGAUUAACAAAGAGUUCAAUGGCACUGUGAUAAAGAAAGCUAUUCGAGAGGAUGGUCAGUUUACAGUUGAUAUCGAAACUUCGAGUCCUUUAUUUAAAAACCUUGAUUCGAAACAGAAAGUCUUACUGACCCAUGGCGACAGCGUGGAUAACGUGGCUGAUAAAUUCAAAGUAAUUGCUAAGUCUGGGGAUCUUAUUGCAGCGAUCAGUUGUGAAGAGAAAAUAAUGUACGGUGUACAGUUCCAUCCUGAAGUUGAUCUAACGGAAAACGGACAAGAUAUUCUACGGAAUUUCCUCUAUGAUAUCGCGAGCUGUUACGGCACAUUCACUAUGGAAUCGCGGGAAAAUAAAUGUAUCCAACACAUCCGUGAGGUUGUAGGAAACAAGAAAGUUCUGAUGUUACUUAGCGGUGGUGUUGACUCUACUGUUUGUGCUGCUUUACUCAAUAAAUCACUAAAAAGUGAACAAAUACUGGCCAUUCAUAUCGACAAUGGUUUUAUGAGGAAGAACGAAAGCUCUCAAGUUGAAGAAUCUUUAAAGAAAAUCGGUGUAAACGUGAAAGUGAUCCGAGCCGCGGAAAUCUUCUAUCACUCCACCACAACUGUUCCUAUUAACAAAAACGACCCACAGUCCACCAGACGGGAAACUAACUCUCUAAACAACUCUUGCAACCCGGAGGAAAAACGAAACAUUAUCGGAGAUACGUUUAUGAAAAUCGCUGACGAUACUUUGAAAGAAAUGAAGUUGAACCCAGAAGAUGUAAUUCUUUGCCAGGGUACCUUACGGCCUGAUCUCAUCGAAAGUGCUUCUCAAUUAGCAAGUUUUAAAGCAAAUGUUAUUAAAACUCACCACAACGACACUGAAUUGGUGCGCUUAUUGCGGAAAGAAGGACGUGUUAUCGAACCCUUAAAGGACUUUCAUAAAGAUGAAGUGCGAAUUAUAGGCAAAGAUUUAGGCUUACCUUCAGAAAUUGUGAUGCGACAUCCAUUUCCAGGCCCCGGUUUGGCUAUUCGUGUAAUAUGUGCUGAAGAUAGAUAUAUGGAGAGAGAUUUUGAUGAAACUAACCAGCUCCUAAAAAUUAUUAUCAACUUCCACAAUGCCAUGAAAACUUCGCCUACCUUCCUGGAUGUCGUUAAAGAAAAACUGCCUGUUGAUGAACAAACCCAACUAGCCACGUUGACGGCCAGUCUGGAGUGUAUGAGCGCUCAUCUCUUGCCCAUCAAAAGCGUCGGGGUUCAAGGAGAUCAUCGUACUUAUAGCUAUGUCGCUGCCUUAUCAGGAGACUCUAAACCUAAUUGGAAUAUCUUUAUGAUGUUGGCGAAAUUUAUUCCUAAAAUAUGCCACAACAUAAAUAGGAUUGUCUACGUGUUUGGUGAUAGAGUUCGAUACCCAAUCAACGAUAUUACACCCACCUACCUGGCUGAAGACGUGCUUGCUACUCUCAGGCAAGCGGAUUAUGUAGCCACAAAAACAUUACAAGAAUCUGGAUAUAUGUCGAAGAUUAGCCAAAUGCCCAUAAUCAUUUGCCCUGUCCAUUUCGAUCGGGAUCCUGUGAACUGUGUACCUUCGACAAAACGAUCUAUCGUCAUUCGAACAUUUGUCACAAAUGACUUUAUGACUGGGGUACCUGCUACACCUGGUUCUAAUUUGCUACCUGAAGAGGUCCUUAGUUCCAUGGUUGAUAGCAUACUCAGUACUGUGCCCAGCAUUUCUCGUGUGAUGUAUGAUCUUACUUCUAAGCCUCCUGGUACCACAGAGUGGGAGUAAUUAAUUAUCUACCUCAACUCCAAGAAAUUCCUCAAAACAACCUUAAUUUCCCGUAUUGGUUUGGUUUGUUUUUAUAUUCUAUUUUACUCCAGUCGAAGAAGUAAAGAAACAGAUCUGAUAUUUAACUGAUUUUUGUUUUAUACUCCUAUUAUUGUUAUUGUUUUAUUAUUUGUUAUGUGAAAUUUCAAGGAAUAUUUUUCAUCCUAUUUUUCCCAAUCAUAUCAAAACAAAGGUUUGCUAUAUUUUUUCUUAUCUCUUGUAUGAAAAUAUUUCAUCUUUCUCCCCCCCCCCCUUCAUUUCUUUCUAUGAUAUUUUUACCCAUUUCUUCUUUAUCUCCUUCCCAAACUGAACUGGCGUUAAACACCCCAUCCAUAUGUGUUACCAUUUUUGAUCUACCUUUAAUUCCAAGUUUUCCCUACCUUCUUGGCCCACACAAUCUCCAGUAUACUUUAAUUUCUCUUAUCUAUCAAUCAUACUUGCUUUGGGCAGGUUACUAGUUUGAACAAAUUUGGGUAUAUCGCCAAAAUAAAUCAAUUAAAUUAACCCUGUCCAUCCUGGUGAUGUUUGCUGAAAUAUUUAAUGCAAUUUUUAAAUAUCUUGUUUCACUUUGCCUUAAUCUCAUUAAAAAAAAAAGUCCAUAAAUUUUACAAGUUUCAAUUUAAAACUCAAUUCAUGUUUAACGUAUUCAGAUAACUUUGAAGUUCGAAAAUCUUAACUAUUUUUAUGUUAACAUCAAAAAGGAAACGGAGUAGGGAUUUUCUUUUCACAAUUUUGAUUUUUCAUGUAUAAUAAUAACUUGUGGUUAUCAAGACAUCCAGGGAUGGCACUUGAAGCACUCGAUCUUCAGUUAUGCGAAUUGCUAUUAGAUCUUACUAUAUUAUCGUACAAAAAGUAACCUAUAGUUUAUUUCUUCAGUUGAAGUUACGUAACGCGAAAAACGGCCGACGUUCCACUCUCAGGACAAAACCAUGUGCUGAGGCCUUCAGUAUUAUUGUUAUCAACACUAACCUCAUUCAAAACGAUAGGAACCACAGAAACAUUGUUGGAAAGUAUGGUGUUUUUAUAAAAUAAAUGAUAAAACGGUAAUUAGAUCACUUUAAGUUCCAGUAAUUGCAUGACUUAUAAGGUAUCUACAUCACGUUCAGAAUCUUUGUCUUUUAUCAUUUGCUUAUUUCAGUCUUUGGUGCUGGGGCACCACCUUGACGGGUUUUAGUCGAACAAAUCGACCCCAAAUCUUGUUACGUUUAAGUCUUAUUUAUUUAUUCGUCUCUCUUGCUCUACCGAAACCAACACCUGUCAAGUUGUAGGGGACAAGCCUGAAUACAGACAUCCACAUGCACAUAUACACGACCAGCUUUUAGUUUCUGUCUUCCAAAUCCACUCGCAAGGCUUUGGGUCGGCCCGUGGCUAUAAUAGAAGACACUUGCCGAAGGUGUCACGCAUUGAGACAAAUGUUCUAAGGUGUUCUGUUUUGUGCCUGUAGAAUAUAAUCUGGAACGGUGAUUAACUCAGUCUGAUCAAUCCUAAUUGUUACUUAGUUGAAAUAAUGGUUUAUUUGUAAUUUGAGGACGGAUGUAGCAUACGUCGUUUCUCUGUGGUACUUCUGUUUUUGUAACAGAGGUCGUUGUUUACGUAACGUAUUCCACCACUUGAUGUAUCAUUUAUUGAUAGAAAACCACCGCAUACAUCGAUAUAAACAUUAAGCCCCUAGAUCUAUGGGAGCCCCGAGCAGCUGUCCGUGUACCCAUUCCUUAAGAAAGUAUUGGAACAUAAUCAUAUACAAGUUGUCAGUUCCAUAUGUAAUGUACAAGUAUUCUCAAUUUAAAAGCUUUUAUUUAUUUAUUUAUUUGGAAAGAAUUCUGGGUUUAGGUACCCCGUUUAACCCCGCAUACCGAUUUUAUUUUUUUGAAUUUUCAGAAACUUUUUACGAAUUUUUUCUAUACCCGGGAAUUCAUAUGAUUAUUCGAAAAAAAAAAAAUUGUAUGUGCGAUUUAAGGGCGACUUAGCUGUUAUUUUUAGCACAUCUCACGUUCACCUGAUACCUUCGUUUCUUUGUCACUGACAACUAUUGAUGUUUUUCAAUAUUUUUCUCCUCAUUAACACAUUUAAUGGAAUGAUGAAGUACCCAACGGUGGUCCAUUGUUGGGGUUUAAUCAAAAGAUUCGGACUGUCCGUAUUUUAAACUGACUUUUUAAAAAUUCGAAAAAGUGUGAAACUUUUAGGUGGUUUAAAAAAUUACAAAAAAUUAUUUUUUUGACCAACUGAACAGCCUUUCAGCUGGUCAGCUCCUGUCAAACUGUUCAACCCAUGCCAGCUUGGAAAACGGACGGAUGUUAAAUGACGUUGAUAAUGAUAUGUAAUUGGGUAAAUUCCUUUGUGUAGAUCACAAAUUCGCAAACACUUUCUGAAAAUUCCCAAAAGUAGAAAAGUUAUGCUUAAACCAAAACUCUGACUUUUUUUUAUGGGCAGAAUUUUUACAAUUAGAGAUCCCUCUCUUCAUCAGUUAUAUAUAUAUAAUUUAAUUAAAAGUUUGAUAAAUACCAAUACAUGAAA